AUGUCCAUUUCAUUGGAGAACGAAGGCUACCACGGCGAUAAAGAUCUCGUUGAUAUCCCUGAAAGUGGUGAACCCAUAUACGACGAGCCACUUGAUGGUGAUACUCAGUUUGCUCGCACGCUGCACAGAAUCUGGCAAGAAAAGGGCGAUUUCAGUCAGGUUAGCUCAAAGAGCUUGUUACAGGAUCAAUUAAACGAAUUAAACGACGUUGACAAGCAAUCAGAGCCAGAAGAUGACACACGAAAUGACGAAUCGUUAUCAGUCGAUGAUGUACUCAAAUUGAAGCAUUCAGUUCUCACUAAUCUUGAUGACGCUAAAAAUGAGUUGGCAGUUGCUCUGGAUGUCGUCAACUUGCUGCUUUCAAAUACUCCCAGGCACGAGAAUACUGAAAUCCAGCUACCUAUUCCUAAACAUUCUCUCGGAACUGCUGCGAUUAAUGCUAGCGAACUAACACCAUUACAAGCCCUAAAAAAGUCGAAGAUUGCUAUAACUACUAAGAAUGAAUCAUUGCAAUCGGCUGCCAACAUAUUCGAUAGAGCAUCAGAGCAAACCGAGCAAACCAAUGCCCAAAAUGCUCAAUUCUGGGAUGACUGUCUGCUUUUACGUGACAGAAAUUGGACAUUGAUACCGUCAAAUGCAAAGUCAGAGUCGACAACUGACUUGGAAAAGGCAGCUAAAGACCUCAAAGUACUGUAUUUUGUCGAUGAAGCCUCUAAUGAAAUAAAGCAUGAUUCAAUAGCUUCUCUUGACAUUAAAAUUUCUCAAUCAAACGAUUUCAAUUUGAGCAUACCAAAAAGGCGUAAUAGGCGUCUUAAGCUAUCCAUAAGAAGUGGUAAUCAUAUUGAAACAUCAUCAGCAUUUCGCUCAAAUGUUGAAAUGAGAAACACGUCGGAUAAUGUGAAUGAAAGGAUAGAUUCGCUGCUUCGAACUUUAGACUAUGCACAGAGCUCAUCUUUUGAGGAAGAUUUGUUUGCAUCUUUACUAAAUGAAGCAAAUCAAAUACCUAUUGUCAUUACAUCUUCAGCAGAGAUGAUAGUUAUCGAGCUUGAUACAAGUAGCCAGCUUGUACUGGAGUUGGUUAACGGAGAUGAUUACAUAGAGGAAGGUGAAGAAAUAUCAUCAAAGUGCGACGGCUUGCUGCUUGGGGUCAAACUGUUACAAAUCAGAUCUUAUAAGAAUAUAUCAGCUAACAAUAAUCAAGUACUGAAACCAAUACUUGAUCUACUACACUAUGAAGCUUUCACUGAAAGCAUAAAGGGGCUGCUAGGUCGUAUCACCGAUCUCUUAUGCUAUGUGGAGGUGAAAGAGGCUAGUUACCAUGUACAGAAGACGUAUACUCGUGAAGUUUUGGACAUCUUCCUCAAUAAUAACAAACCUCAAACCAUCGGAAGCCAAGGUCGUAUAAGCUUCGGAAAACAGUAA